GGCGCUGCUGGGCGGGGAGGCGCCAUCUUGUUCCUGUGCGAGGCGGCGGGGCCGGGCCGGGCCGCGCUGAGGGAGCGCCCGGGGCAGCGCCCGCCGCCACCGCGGGGCGCGGCAUGGACUCCCACUACUACGGCGGGGAGCAGUCAGAUGAUGGAGGAGCUACUCCAGUGCAAGACGAGCGAGACUCAGGAUCUGAUGUGGAAGAUGAAGGAAACGAACAACAUUCUGGAUCGGAGAAUGGAAGUGUAGGGCACCAUUCAGAGAAUGAACACAGUGAUGGAGAAGAUGAUGGGCAAGGCGGAGAGCCUCAUAUGACAGACUCUGAAAAUGAAGAUAACCCAAGGCAAAAAGAAAGUGACUCAGAUAAUGAGGAGCCCCCAAAUCAUAAUGUGAGUGAUUCAGAAAAUGAAGCAACUCAUGGAGAGAAGGACAGUGACUCUGAUACUGAGGACCGUCCAAACCGGCAUUUAAGUGACUCUGAAAAUGAAGAGACCUUAAAUCAUCGAGCGAGUGACUCUGACAAUGGAGAACCUCCAAGGGAUCACAGCAGUGAUUUUGAAAAUGAGGAAUCACACAAGCAGGCAGCCAGUGACUCUGAAAGUGAGGAGCUCCAGAAGCAGGCAGCCAGUGACUCUGAGAGUGAAGAGCCUCAGAAGCAGCCAGCCAGCGACUCGGAGAGCGAGGAUGUGUCCAGACACAAGCAGAUAGAGUCUGAAGAUAGCGAUGGGGAGGACAGGAAGGAAAAGGUGCAGAAUGACUCUCAUCAUUCAGAUAAUGAACAUGUAAGGAAAGGAUUUCAGGGCUCUGACAGUGAAGACGAAGCUCCUAAGAGACGUAAAAUAUCAGACAGUGAUGAAGAUGAAAAAGAGGAAGAAAAGACAGUGAAGAGGAAAACAGCCAUCCUGUCUGAUAGUGAGGAUGACAAUGAGAAAACACCUGCAAAAAAGGUACGAAUCCUUUCUGAUGCUGAAGAAUCGGACAGUGACGCUGCUUCAGAGAAAUCUGACAAAAGGAAGAAAAAUGCUGUAUCCGAUAGUGAGGAGGAGGAAGAAGAAGGAAAAGAGGAUGCUGGGAAGAAAAAAGGGAAAGAUCUGUUUGGCAGUGACAGUGAAUCUGGAAAUGAACAAGAGAACCUGAUUGCAGAUAUAUUUGGAGAAUCUGGUGAUGAGGAAGAGGAGGAAUUUACGGGUUUUAACCAGGAGGAUUUGGAGGAAGAGAAAGGUGAUGGAGACAUGAAGGAGACAGCAGACGAAUCAGACUCUGAUGAUAACAUCAAAAGAGGGAAGCACAUGGACUUCAUGUCAGAUUUCGACAUGAUGCUGCAGAGGAAGAAGAGCAUGAGCGGCAAGCGCAGGCGGAACCGCGACGGGGGCACUUUCAUCAGCGAUGCAGAUGAUGUGGUCAGUGCCAUGAUUGUGAAGAUGAAUGAAGCUGCUGAGGAGGAUCGUCAGCUGAAUACGCAAAAGAAACCAGCACUAAAGAAAUUAACUUUGCUACCAACUGUAGUCAUGCAUCUUAAAAAGCAGGAUCUCAAAGAAACUUUCAUCGAUAGUGGUGUUAUGUCUGCCAUCAAAGAGUGGCUUUCUCCUCUUCCAGACCGAAGUCUGCCAGCACUAAAGAUAAGAGAGGAGCUUCUGAAGAUCCUGCAAGAGCUGCCCAGUGUGAGCCAGGAGACCCUGAAGCACAGCGGCAUUGGACGGGCUGUGAUGUACCUGUACAAACACCCCAAGGAGUCGAGACCCAACAAGGACAUGGCUGGGAAGCUGAUCAAUGAAUGGUCUCGACCCAUUUUUGGCCUUACCUCAAACUACAAAGGCAUGACCAGAGAAGAGAGAGAGCAGAGAGAUUUGGAACAGAUGCCUCAUCGAAGGAAAAUGAGCAGCUCUGGUGGUCAGACUCCCCGUAGGGACCUGGAGAAAGUAUUAACAGGAGAAGAAAAGGCUCUCAGGCCCGGGGACCCUGGGUUCUGUGCCCGUGCCAGGGUCCCAAUGCCCUCCAACAAAGACUACGUCGUCAGGCCCAAGUGGAACGUGGAGAUGGAGUCCUCCAGGCCCGGGACUAUUAAGAGAGGUAUUAGUCGCUUGGAAAAGCACAAGAGACGGUUUGCUGAACAGAAACGACUCAGCAAAGUGCAUCGGGCCAUCAAGUUCAGCAUUGAAGGCAACAGGAUGCCCCUGUAGCCAUACCACUGCCUUCCCAAGGUGGAGAGGUAUCCCUCGAGGGAGGUGUGAACAGUGCAUGUGCUCCAGCUGUUGGCAGUUUGCACAUGCAGGACAGGAGUGUGUACACCCUAACUUUAACCUGGAAAACUCUCCUUGAAUUCUCUCGUGUCUGUACUGUGACCUACAAGGGAACUUGUACAGGAGAAAACAGGCUCUAGCACAUAACCUCUGCCACGGCUCCUGCCUGCACGGCUUCAGGGUGCCCAAAUGACAGGAGUUCAGCGAAAAUACCUGUGCUCAAAACCAGCUUUGCACCACCUGUGGUUUUGAAUGCUGCUCUGACACAAUUAGGUUUUCCAGAUUCACCUGAAGCAACACAUGGGCAUUCUUAGCCCUUGGUACAGGAGCUCGUGUCACUGCAUGCAGUGUCUGUGGCUGACCUCUGACUGGGGCACACUGAGGUGUUUUCCACACCUGCUCCUGCAAGGAAGUAGAAUGAUGUGAGACAAUAGGGAUGGCUGAUGGGAGCUACAGAAUGAGACUGGGGGAGAAGAAUCCUCUGCUGUGAGUGUGCGUUAGGAGAACAUGCAUCAAUGGGAAUUGCUUUGACAAUUCCUGGUCUGCAUUUCAGUGCUGUAAGCAGGGCUGCCACAAGCUAACAGUGACAGGAAGAGGUGAGCACAAGCCAUAGAUAACUGUUGACUUCAUAUUAAGCUUCAUAUUUAUUUGUUUUUAAAAAUAUAUUUUCUUAAACAUCACUGUGAAAUUUUAGGUAUAAUUUCAAUGAAUAGUGAACAGAUUUAUGAAUAAACCUUAUUUAAAAUCAGCAUGUCAGGAGCACCUUCCUUAGCCAUGGGAACAAGUUUCUAAUGGAUGUGUUUUUCAGAUCCUAAGUAGCAUGUUUUGGAUAUCACUGUUUCUCCCAAACUUAAAAGUGUCACGUUUCCAUCACUUACUGUUUCUGUUGUCUAGUUAAGGAAAAUUGCAUUCUGGGAAGCACUGGCUAUGGCUUGGAAGGUCCUUGCUGUUUGUCUUCAGUGGUGUUUUCAGCACACCAUCACUGAAUUAAUCUGUGCAGAAUAACUGUUACACCACCUGGUUUUCAUUUGCAGUUCCAACACAGAGAUGAAAUGCAAUGCUUGUAUGGUCAGCUUAGGCAUUUCUUUUGGCUACCCCCUACACUGCCUUUGUUCAGUAAUCCCUUGCUUUCUCAAUACUAAUCCCUGACCUUUAAAAUAAAUGGCAGCUUGGAAUUGA